AUGUUCUCUACUGACAAAACCAACUUUCUGAUCAUCGACACCUGCACCUUACUCCAUAGUCCUGACCUUAUCACAAAACUCGUUUCUACCGUGUACCGCAAGUCGCUCAACUUCACAGUAGUCAUUCCAACUAUAGUCAUCAGAGAGCUUCUAGCACAAGAGUACAAUAACACAGGUCGCAAGAUGCUAAGUACUUAUACUUCUUGGGCAACUCAUCCAAUGUACAAGAGCCGAAAAGUAUUGCUUGCUAAAGAAGCUACUCAAAUGUAUGGAUUCCUGAAACGAUAUAUUGCUAUGGAUGUUCCAAACCUAGUCAAACAAGGCAAUCUGGAAACAAAAAACUAUCCCAUCGUGGUUAGUCACCUGUCAUAUCCUUUGUUUGAUGUAGUCGCCGACGACUUAAUCCUGGACUGCUUACUGUAUUAUCACGAAAAAUAUGAUGGUAAUGCGACACUGAUUUCCCAUGAUUGGGAACUCUGUUGCAAAGCCAAAGUAUUCAAGAUGAACACAAUCAGCCAGUAUGACCAUCAGAAAUGGCGUGAGCUUUUGCGUGCUUGCCAAGUUGACGUUCAUUUCAAUUUGCUUCCAGCCAAAUCAAAGAAGCGAAAGACUGGUCUCUCAGAAGCUGCAAAACAGGAGCUUAUGUACAGGCCAAUGAUUGAUUGCGAUCUCGAUACUGAAGACUUGUAUAGAAUGUAA